UUUUAUAUAAUAGCUUACGGGAAAUCUCUUAGUGGUUUCCCCAAAUUUUGGAGGGCUAAGGGCAAGGCAGGGCCCCUUCAUCUGGUUUUGUGCGUUGUGCAGUAAAUCAUUUUGCUGCAUUGCACCCAAGAUGCUUUCUGGCCUUUCCAAGGGCUGGGCAUAGCGUUUGCGAUGGGAACGCGUGAUGCUUCGUACCCACGCCCAUCCCGCCCUUGUUAACGCAGCCUCUGGCUUUCCUGUGUGAUUCUGAGCAGGACAUACGGUCCUGCCACGGAAAAGGAGCACCAGAGCUGAUUGCCUUUUGUUUGAAUUUUCGCUGUAAGCACGAAACUUCUUACAAGGAUUGAGAAUAGAUUUAUUUUGCCUCCUUAGAACAACACUCAGUUCACUAAGGCGAUGAAGGGCUUUUUCCUGGCACUAGAGCUAUACCGAGGGUAGGUCAGUUACGUAAUGUCUUAAGGCAGAAGUUAUUCCUUUGGUUCACUUACUCAUUCACUCAGCAGGCAUUUACUAAGCACCUGCCUAAGUGCUCGGUAGUGGGCUUGGUGCUGUGAGGAAGACAAGAUGAAUUGAACCUGAGCUUAGUCCUCAAGGAGCUUGACUGGCCCAGAGGAGAGAGAAGCUCAAGGGAAGUAAGUCUACACCAGGUAGAAGGGAUGGGUCCCCAAGAGAGGGUCAGAGGAAGAACUGGGGGACUCGGAGGAGGGAGAAGAACCAGGCUUCCACCCCAGGUGAUUAACUUAAGAAGAGAAUUAGGUCCCUCAAUUACUACCUGAUGAGGAGUGAUCUCUCUCAUAAGCGUCACAUCUCUGUGGAAGGGUGCUUCCUGACUGUGUGUUGGGCAUCUCAGACUGAUUAUGUUUAAGUUGGGCUCCAUCAUUCCAGGGCACCCCCCUCCUGCCCCCACCACACACCUGCUGCUGUUCCAUUGUUCCCUGUCUCAGGGAACAGCAUCAAGGCUCCCCUCUUCUUAGUGGUCCAAGCCAGAGGCUUAUCCCCCCUGCUCCCUCCCCACACCUGGGCUUGUUGAGUCAACCUCCUGACCUCUCACAUCUGUCCACCUCGCUCCACCCUCAUUUCUCCAGGCCAGGCCACCAUCAUCCCUUGCUUGGCUUACUGCCUCCCAGCCUGUCUUCACCAGACUCCCUUUACAGGGCUUCCAGGGGUGAUCUGGCCCUUGCUCACCAGCCCCCUGCACUUUCACACCCCUUGCACUUGUCUCCAUUUUGAAACCAUGCCAUGCUUUCUCAUGCCACCAGGCCUUUGCACAUGUCUCCCUUCUGCCUAGGACAUGUGCUUCCUUGCCACCCUCCUCCCUUGGUUUACUCCUGCCCUCCCCGUGACCUCAGCUGGGUCCCUGCUUCCUGGAGGAAUUUUCCUUUAGGGUCCAAGCCUCAGUAGGUGCAGCUCCUGGUUGCGUUGCCUGUGCCUAUCCUCCUGAGGGCUCCCUCACGCAGCUGCCGCCUCCAUGGUGCUGCACUGGAAGUCCUGGCAUACCAGGACCGUGUCCAUCAGUGGGGCUUUCCAUCCCUUCCUGCUGCCUGCACACAGAAGACGCCCAAGAAAAAGUCGUUGAUGGAAUUUGGUAUAAGUGCAGGUUGUACUAUUAUGGUUUGAGUCUAUGAAUGCCAGCAUCAUGAAUCCACCCUACCUCAGUUGAUUUCUCACUGUGCUGAAAUAGUAUUGCCCUUGUUUAUGUCAAGCUUAAAAAUGUAUAUAAGUGUGAAAGAGAGGAAUCAUUAUAUGAGCAGUUGGUAUUUGUUGGGUGUUCAUUGUGUGCCAGGCAUGGUUCUGAGUGCCUUAUAGCAUUAACUCAUUUCAUCGCCACAACAGCUCUGUGUGGUAGAUAUUUUUAUUAUCCCUAUUUUACAGAUGGAGAAACUGAGGUACAGAGAUCAAGGAACUUGCCUAAUAUCACAUGCUACUGAAGUCCAAGCAUGCAUUGUGGAAUGUGAUGAGCUCUUUGAGAAAGACAGGAAGUAGGACUGGACGUGAGGCUCUCAUAGGGCUGAAGAUGGUAGGUCACCAGGUGGAAGACGGUGCAGCGUGGGCUAAGCUCCGAGGCCAAGCAGAAUUACUUAAUCCAGAAUUCAAAACUCUGAGGAACCUCAGGCUCACUUUCACAUUCAUUCUUUCAGCAGCUAACUCAGUUUUCAGAGACUUGAACCUUGCCAAUGGACCUGAUUGGUUUUGGUUAUGCAGCCCUGGUGACAUUCGGAAGCAUUUUGGGAUAUAAGCGGAGAGGUGGUGUUCUGUCUUUGAUUGCUGGUCUUUCCGUUGGAUUUUUGGCUGGCUGUGGAGCUUACCGUGUCUCCAAUGACAAGCGAGACGUAAAAUUGUCCCUGUUUACAGCUUUCUUCCUGGCCACCAUAAUGGGGGUGAGGUUUAAGAGAUCCAAGAAAAUCAUGCCAGCUGGGCUGGUUGCAGGUUUAAGCCUCAUGAUGAUCCUGAGACUUGUCUUACUGCUGCUCUGAGAAUCCGCAGGAACUGAAAACUAAAUUUGAGUCAUUCUGCUGUAAUGGGCAGAGCCCACUCUUUGUAUUGAAAAGAUAAAUUCCAAUAUGGAAUGUUCACCGUGGUCUUAUUUUAUGGUAGGAACUGCAAAAGAAACACUGUCACCUCUAAUAUGGACACUGGUUUGAGGGAUUUUUUUUUUUUUAAACAAAUGGUUUAACUGUUUUCUAAUCGUCAGGUACUGGUUUCAUUAAAGGUAUUUAAUAAAUCGUGAUACACUGUUUGAUUUGCUGUGUCAUGUGGUUUUGUGUGUUUUUGGGUUUGGGGUUUUUUUUUUGACAGUUCCAAAUAUUCAUGUCUGAAAUAAGCUUAAAUUAAACUACAACCUACAGAUGAUGGAAUGCCCUAAGUGGGCUUCACAGAAUGCUAAUGUAUCUAUUUGUCAUUUGUGUUAUAUUUUAAAUUUUUUUUUUCCAUUUUAAUUGUAUUGCUACCAGUGUUUUUUCUUUCUUUAAAAUACUUCAUCCUCAGCACACUCUGUACCAACAGAAUGUAUUCAGUAUUCAAAUAAAAGAACUUCUGUUUUAAA